AUGUAUUACUUUCCUCUUACUCCGCGGCUGCAACGACUGUAUACUUCCAAAGCAACUGCUUCGCACAUGCGAUGGCAUGCUGAACAUGAAGUUGAGGAAGGUGUAAUGCAUCACUGUUCAGAUGCACCUGCCUGGAAGCACUUUGAUAAGAAGCAUCCAUCUUUUUCAGAGGAAAGUCGUAAUGUUAGAUUAGGGCUAUCAACAGAUGAGUUUCAACCCUUUGGACAAACGGGAAAACAAUAUUCAUCUUGGCCAGUAAUUGUGACACCAUAUAACUUGCCUCCUUGGAUGUGUAUGAAAGAUCCCUAUUUAUUUUUGUCAGUUAUAGUUCCUGGGCCAAAGAAUCCUAAGCAGCAACUAGAUGUUUUCUUGCAGCCUUUGAUUGCUGAAUUAAAGAAUUUAUGGAAUAUAGGUGUCAACACAUAUGAUAUCUCUAAGAAGCAAAAUUUCAAAAUGCGAGCUGCUUUGAUGUGGACAAUCAGUGACUUUCCUUCAUAUUCAAUGUUUUCUGGGUCGAGUACUGCGGGCAGGCUAGCAUGUCCAUAUUGUAAGGAGAAUUCUGAUGCUUUUACUUUGACAAAAGGUGGUAAGCAGUCUUGGUUUGACAACCAUCGUGAAGAUGUCUUAAAAGAGAUAGACGAACUGGGACUUAAAAAGGUAACAGAACUUGGGGCUGAUAUUAUUAAUCGUCGGAUUAGUAAGUUUUCUGGUUGGAAGAAGAGAAGCAUAUUCUGGGAUUUGCCAUAUUGGAGUACCAAUCUCAUUCGACAUAAUCUAGAUGUGAUGCACAUUGAGAAGAACUUCUUCGAGAAUGUGUUCAACACAGUGCUGGAUGUAGAUGGUAAAACAAAAGAUAACCCAAAGUCUAGAGAAGACUUGAAAGAGUUCUGUCGACGACCUGAAUUACAUGUUGUUGAUGGAAAAUACCCGAAAGCUAUUUACACACUAAAAGAAGAGUCAAAAAAAUUGUUGUGUGAAUGGGUGAAAAAUCUAAAGUUUCCUGAUGGAUAUGUCUCAAAUAUGGGAAGGUGUGUGGACAUGAAAAAACACAAGUUAUUUGGUAUGAAAAGUCAUGAUUGUCAUGUAUUCAUGCAAAGAUUGGUUCCUAUUGCAUUCCGUGAGCUAUUACCAAAAAAGGUGUGGGAAGCACUUACUGAGAUGAGUCUUUUCUUUAGGGAUGUCACUUCUACAGUAAUACGUGAAGAGGAUAUGGUAAGACUUCAACAAGAAAUACCUGAAAUACUUUGUAAAUUAGAGUGUGUAUUCCCUCCUAGCUUCUUUGAUUCAAUGGAGCAUCUCCUUGUGCAUCUCGCUUAUGAAGCAAUGCUAGCUGAUCCGGUACAAUAUCGAUGGAUGUAUCCAUUUGAGAGAAAUCUUCAAAAAUAUAAAUAUAAUAUUCGAAAUAAGGCUCAUGUUGAAGGAUGCAUAUGCAAUGCGUAUAGAGUUGAGGAAGCUUCAUCCUUUUGUUCACACUACUUCGAGCCUCAUGUUUACACAAGGCAUAGAAAAGUGCCACGAAAUGACGAUGGUGGUAUAGGCGAACAAGAUGGAUACAAUGGUAAUCUUUCUAUAUUCACCUAUCCAGGUCGAGGAUUUGGGGAACUAAAUAGGAGAUAUCUAACCGAAGAAGAACUUAAAGCAGCUCAUAUUUAUAUUUUACUAAAUUGCAGAGAAGUGCAGCCAUAUGUGGAGAAAUUUAUUGACUCCCUUCAUCAAAAUUUUCCACGAAUUACGGAGCAGGAAGUGGACAAGAAACUUGAUGAAGAUUUUGCAUCAUGGUUCACAAGAUAUGCUCGAGUCCACAUAGAUAAUCAGUUCAUCAAGGCGCUUGCAGAAGGUCCAUGUCGAUCAGCGAAACCAUACACUGGUUAUAAUGUCAACGACUUUAAAUUUCACACUAAAGGUCGCAGUUUUUCUAGAGCAUCUAAUAAUAGUGGCGUUUGCAUAAAAGGAACCAAUUAUAGUGCAGAUGACAAUGACUACUAUGGUGUGCUUACUGAAAUUCUUGAAUUGGAGUACAAGGGCAGUACAUUGAUCAAAAAAACUGUUUUAUUUAAAUGUGAAUGGUUUGACCCCACACCAAAUGUAGGAAUGAAGAUCCACCCGCAAUAUAAACUUGUGGAUAUCAACCAUAAAAGGAAAUUGAAGAAGUAUGAACCAUUUGUUUUGGCAAUGCAAGCAGCUCAAGUGUAUUAUGCUUCUUAUCCUAGCUUACGACGUGAUAAAAGUGAUUGGUGGGCUGUGUGCAAAACAAAAGCUAGAGGUAUUGUGGUUAUGCCUCUGUCAUAUUUAUCAUCUCCUCUAGUAGAUGAUGCUGAGCCUUUCCAAUGUGAUGAAAAUGGUUUAAGAUUUGAUGUAGUGUCCGAUAGUGAAACUAUUGUCCGGAAUGAUCCAAAUGGCGAAUUCAUAAACUUGAGAGAUGAGGAUGAUAAUUUAGAUGAUGAGACAGAGUUUCAUGAUGAAUUAGAAUUAGAAUCAGAUGAUGAAAAUGAGAAUGAAGAGGCGUACUAUGAAAGUGGCAGUGAAUAG